CUGGUAUAAACAGCACAGUCCAAUCAGGAUCGUGUAGUUGAACGCAAUUUGAAUCUACAUCUUGAAGUCCCGUACUCGACCCGCACCCAAACACUUGGACCACACGAAUCAUCUCGACAUGUCGGUCCAGAAAGUCGCCCUCAUUACAGCAGGCACAGCAGGGCUAGGAGCACAAGUUGCUCGCGUGCUGGCACCUGACUUCCGUGUGGCCAUCAACUACGCCAACAACACAGAGCGAGCCAACACCCUCAUCAAGGAAUUAGAAACCAUUCCCAACACAAGCAACAGUGCAUCCACCUCUCCACGCUUCGCCGCCUUCCAAGCAGACGUCGGCUCCCGCCCUGCUCUCCAGGACCUAGUCCACCAAACCGUCUCGACCUUCGGCCGCAUCGACCUAGUCGUCAGCAACGCCGGCUGGACUCGAAUCACCAACUUCGCCAACCUCGAGGAAGGCAUGAUCGACGAAGAUUGGGACCGAUGCUUCCUGUACAACGUCAAAGCACAUUUAUGGCUACUUCACGCGGCGAAAGCAGAGCUGGAACGCACAGAGGGAGCAUUUAUCACCACGGCGAGUAUUGCGGGAGUCAAGCCAAGCGGUUCUUCGUUACCGUAUGCGGUGACAAAGGCGGCGGCGAUUCAUCUGAGCAAAAGUUUGGCGAUGAUUUGUAGUCCGAAGAUUAGGGUCAAUUCUGUGAGUCCGGGACUGUUGCUUACGGAGUGGGGAAUGAAGUUUCCCGAGGAGAAGAGGGAGGCGGCGAGGGAGAGGACGGCGUUGAAGAGGUUGGCUACUGUUGAGGACUGUGCCGAUCAGAUCAGAGCAUUGGCUUUGAAUCGAUCGAUGACGGGACAGAAUAUCAAUAUCGAUGGUGGAUUGACUUUGUAG